AUGUUACAGUGGAACUUCCAUAAGCCGAUGGCUCAAGGUGUAACGGAUUAUCGAGAAAUACACAAACGAACAAACAUUAAAGUGAAAGCUUACGAAGUAUUAAGAUACAUUCAAUAUAAUACCGGAUAUUGCAUGGAAAGUUGCCUGAGGCGUACAAAGAGCUUUGAGCUAUCUAAGCUUUCAAAACGACUUCCCUGA